UUUAUAUUGAUGUGUUAACAAAAAUAAAUUGGAAAAAUGGAUAUUUCAGCUAUUGAAGACGAGCUCGUCGACGAAGAUAAUCAAGAAAUGUUUAUCAAUUUCCCUCCUGAAGUUCAAAAAGCUAUAGAAGAGGUAUUACCAAGUAAAGAUCCAUUAGACGAGCCCGAUUUCAAUAGUAUAGAUUAUAUCAAUUCGCUCUUUCCCACUGAGCAAUCUUUGUCUAACAUUGAUGAAGUGGUAGUCCGAAUGGAAAAUAAAAUUAGUGGAAUUGACACAGAGAUCAGCACUGUAGUUAGAGGACAAAUAGAUGCCAGCAAAGACGGCCGUCAAGCCCUUGAUGAAGCGCAAAGAGUAAUCAAACAAUUAUUUGUUCAUAUUAAAGAAAUCAAAGAACGUGCUGAGAAGUCAGAAGAAAUGGUUAGAGAGAUAACAAGGGAUAUAAAACAACUAGACUGUGCAAAAAGAAACCUCACACUGGCAAUAACCACAUUGAACCACCUGCACAUGUUGGUGGGUGGGGUGGACACACUCAAAAACUUGACUCAAAAAAGACUGUAUGGAGAGAUUGCGUUACCACUGCAGGCCAUAAGUGAAGUAAUGACCCACUUUGAGAACUACUCAGACAUUCCACAAAUCAAAAGUCUAAGUGAUCAAGUCAAGUCCAUACAUGUGGAGCUGGCACAACAAAUUACCCAUGACUUCAAAGAAGCUUUUUCCAAUAACAAACAGAUCAUUCCAAAUAAACAGUUGGGCCAAGCUUGCCUGGUUGUUUCCAUUUUAGAACCCAAGGUCAAAAGAGAUUUACUGAAGUGGUUUGUCAAUUUGCAGUUGCAGGAAUACAACCAUCUGUUCCAAGAGACUGAAGACACAGCCUGGUUGGAUAAAAUUGAUAAGAGGUAUGCCUGGAUCAAAAGGCAUCUCCUGGAGUUUGAGGAUAGAUUAGGUACCAUGUUUCCACAGAACUGGGAGGUGUCAGAGAGAAUAGCUGUACAGUUCUGCCAUAACACCAGAGAAGAACUGGCUAAAUUGAUGGCAAAAAGAAAGAAUGAAAUUGAUGUUAAAUUAUUGUUGUUUGCCAUACAAAAAACGGCGGCCUUUGAAAACCUUUUAGCCAGAAGAUUUACAGGUGUGACAAUAACUGAAGGUCAAGAAAGUAAGCCCAAAAUUGAAAGUAGUAAAGAACUGACUAAUGCUAGUAUUAAUGAUAUUGAAGACACGCCAUUUCAUAAUAUUAUAGGACAAUGUUUUAUACCUCAUUUAGAUAUUUAUAUUGAAAGUGUGGAUAGGAAUCUAGCAGAUCUAAUAGAAAGGUUUGUUCUGGAUGAGAAGCAGUCACAACCCACAGAGGCAACAGACACCCAAGCAGCCAUUUUACCAAGCUGUCCAGACUUAUUUGUUUUUUAUAAGAAGAGUAUGAUUCAAUGCACUCAAUUUGACAGAGGCCAAUCAAUUCUAAACCUCACAAAGACAUUCCAGAAGUACUUACACGAGUAUUCCGACAAGUUAUUGUUGAAUAAUUUGCCGAAAAUCGAAUCGCAAACUUUAGGAAGUAGCGUUCAAAAUUUAACCAGAGAUUUCCAAAAGAUUUCAACCUCUGGCUUGAUACAAAACUUCUCAUCUCUGUUAAAAGAAGGGGAAAUUAUAAGGUUUACCAAGGAUGAACAGGCAAGGGUGUGUUGCAUUUUAACCACUGCUGAGUAUUGUUUGGAGACUACUCAACAGCUUGGAGAGAAACUGAAGGAAAAAAUCGAACCCUCAUUAGCUGAUCAGGUUGAUUUGUCAAAAGAACAGGACAAUUUCCACAAAGUUAUUUCAAAUUGUAUUCAAAUAUUAGUUCAAGAUCUGGAGAAUGCCUGUGAACCAGCUCUUACAGCAAUGAGCAAGAUACAAUGGCAAAAUGUGGACACAGUAGGUGAUCAAAGUCCUUACAUAACAGCAAUAACAGGUCACCUAAAAAGCACAGUCCCAACAAUCAGGGACAACUUGGCACAUUCGCGCAAGUAUUUCACUCAGUUUUGCGUAAAAUUCGUAAAUUCAUUCAUACCUAAAUUCAUACAAAGCAUCUAUAAAUGCAAACCAAUUAACACAGAAGGUGCGGAACAGUUGUUGCUGGACACGCACAUGCUUAAAACUGUUUUGUUGAAUUUACCUUCGAUAGCAUCGUCGAUUAAUAGACAGGCGCCAGCCACUUACACGAAAGUCGUCACCAAAGGCAUGACCAAGGCUGAAAUGAUCUUGAAAGUGGUGAUGACGCCGAUUUCGCCUCCGUCCUCGUUUGUGGAUCAGUAUAAAAAACUUUUACCGGACUGCCAAGUCACCGAAUUUACUAAAAUACUGGAGAUGAAGAGCGUCAAAAGGCAGGAGCAGGCCGCACUUUUGGAUAUUUUUAAGUCGUUUCAGAAUCGAACGUAAAUUAUUAACUAACAAAUAUUUAUUGUUUCUACUUAAUUUUUAUAUUCUUGAAUUAGUUUAAAAGUAAAAUAUUUAAUUAUUUUAUUGAUUGUUGAAGGUUGUGAUCGUUUUCGAUUAUUGAUGGAAUUAUUCACUUAACCGAUUUGUGCAAUUUUUUCAUAUUUAAUGACAAGUUCGUAUUUAUUAUUACAUGGUUUAUUAAAUGCAUAUUUAUUA